AUGGCCCAAGCCGACGUGCAAGACGAGCUGCACUGGAUCCCACCCAGCCUUAGGAAACGGUUCUAUGAGCCCGUCGUCCUGCUGGACGCCCUCCGGUCCAUCUAUCUCAAAGACAACACCAUCUCGCAGCCCGACCUGGAGGGUGGGUCGGGAAAAUCCCCCCAGCAGACUUACUUCUGCUUCCUGAACAAACUCAGUCAAAUCUGCGACAGCGAGCCCAAGCAGCCACUUGGCAAGACCGUCAGCGCCAUUGUCGUGCUCGACUCUGGCACCCUUGAAUACCGCUUCGCCUCCAAUCAGCGCGACGGCCGUGAGUUGGACACGGCCAAGGAGUAUCUGACUUCCAUUCUUGAUGUUCUUGGAGGUGUCACAGAUGACGAAAUCAAUGACCGGGCCUUCAUGGGCCCUAUCUUCUCCGAUAUUUUGAGGAAGGUGCUCGCCUUCAACCGCCCUCGAGUGGAGGAUUACAUGAAGGCGUUAAGUGACCAGCUGGAUUUCUGUAUCAACUCUUCAGUCGUCGACCGGACGAGUGAGGGAACUGCUGCUGCCAACGCUCUUCGAAUGCUUCAGCCGCACCUCGAGGCAGCAAGAAACGCACCAAGGCUGGGCCACGAUGAAUUCGCGCGCCAUUCUGAGCAGUUCCUCCAGACAAUCAGCUCGCACUACGAAUCCUCGCUGGAGGAGUACAUGAAGAAGAAGGCCCACAGCAACAACAACCUCGUCGACAGCCCCUGGAGCGAAGUCCGCCACGCGCUGGGCCGCCUCCUCUCGUACUACAUCGCCAUCAAAGUGCUCAUCUCCACCCGCAAGUUCUGGCCGCGCCUCUUCGUCGAUUUCACUGUCACCACCAUCCCCUCCAGCGCACCGCUGUCCAAGCCUCCCAGUAUCCGGCGCAAUGCAAAGGGCAUCAUCAACCGCAUGUCCCGCAGCAAGUCCACCGUCGAAGCAUACCAACGCCACGCCGAGCACUUGCAAGUCCACGGCGACCUCGACCAACGCAUCCGCCAGCGCGCAGAUCCAGCCCGCUUUCACCCCAUUGUGCACGCCGAGGUCAACCUCCUCGCAUCGGUCCUCCGAGACCAGGCGGAGGCCGAGCGCGAAGGUGAAGACCCAGUCCGCUACUUCCACCAGGCCGAAUUUGGCGCCUACAUCGGCUCCUCCAAGCCCACCUGCCUGCUGUGCUGGUUUUACUUUGCCGCGCACCCGUCCGGGGUGGGGUGCCGCGAGAGCCACGGGAAUCUGUACUACAACUGGCGGACGCCGGAUGUCGUGCCUCUGUCAGUUGCUGCUGCUGCUGCUGCGGCUGCUGCGGGAGAGGUGCGGGAGCAAGGAGAGGAGGAUGUGCAGCUGCAGAAGGAUAUACUGGAGCAGAUGGUCAGGGAGGUCAGGAAGGAGGCCGACAGGGCCAUCAAGGAGAGGUCGUACCCGCGGAGGAAGCAUGAUUCGUGGGAUACGCCGUCGAAUCCGUUGCGGAGUACCACGGCGGGCGGGAGUUGGGUGGCGGGAAGUCUGGAUGGCGGAUCGAUGAAGGGGCGGGGUGAGGAAUUGCAGGAGGCUACGCCUGAGAGUCCCGGCGAGGAAGAUGGGUUGGAUCUAGUGGAGAGGAUGGGGCAGGUUAACUUAGAUGGGGCAGGGCUCGGCGUAGGCCAAAUCGGGAAUCGAGGAUGCGGCAAACGGAUCCGGGCGUCAGCGACGAGCCAAUGGACUGACAAAUCGGAGGAACCGGAGCCCAAGACUUGUCAAGCUGCUUGGCCGGAUGAUGAAGAGGAGGAUGACGAUUGCGGAGGUGCUAGGUUGUAG